CAGAACUAGCUGUGCAGGGAAGGCUGGGAAAAAAGCUGGCUGCUUGCUAGCAACAGAGCCUUGAACGUCGGGCUACCGAGAAGAUAAAAGAGAAAACUGGAACACCACCACGGACUUCUUGUGGGACAAACGUACAGGCCUCGCUGCUAAAACGAUGCCUCACACUAGACGGUACUCGUCUUCGGACAGAGACAGUCGAAGCAGCUACCAAGACCGUUAUAGAGACAGAGACAGAGACAGAGGCCGAAGACACCGGCACAGAAGAUCUCGUACUUACUCCUCCAGCAGUGACAGAGACAGAGACCGAGACAGAAGGGGACGGAGUCGUAGCUAUGACAAUCGCUCUAUGGAGCACCGGCCAUUUGACCGAAGAUACUGCGAGGGAUACAGACGCUUGGAUCAGAGCCGAGAUUGUGACCGUGACAGAGAAAGGGAGCCACAUGGAGCAGCUGAAAGUUACUACCCACGCGACUUCUCCCCAAGCAUGUACGACCAUCGGCGUGGCCGCGAGAGGGAGCGUGAACGGGAUGAGUCGUACCGACGGAAAGGCAGCAGGCGUAAGCACAAACGAAGGCGGCGUAGAACCAGGUCCUAUAGCCCAUCCUCCUCGCGGAGCAACAGCCGGACGAGGGCACUGAGUGUGAGGGACGACGAGGAAGGGCACCUGAUCUGUCGGAGUGGGGACGUCCUGCAAGAGAGAUAUGAGAUUGUCAGCACUUUGGGAGAAGGCACCUUUGGGAGGGUGAUGCAGUGCAUUGAUCACCGCAGGGGAGGAGCCCAUGUUGCUCUGAAAAUUAUCAAGAAUGUGGAGAAGUACAAGGAAGCAGCUCGCCUGGAGAUUAAUGUAUUAGAGAAGAUCAAUGAAAAGGACCCUGAUAACAAAUUCCUUUGUGUACAGAUGUAUGACUGGUUCGACUACCACGGUCACAUGUGUAUCUCCUUUGAGCUGCUAGCUCUCAGCACCUUCGACUUUCUAAAGGAAAACAACUACCUGCCCUACUCCAUUGGUCAGGUCAGACACAUGGCCUACCAAAUCUGUCUUGCUGUGAAAUUUCUCCAUGACAAUAAGCUGACACACACAGACCUAAAGCCUGAGAACAUCCUAUUUGUCAACUCAGACUUCACAAUGUCCUUCAAUGUAGAGAAGAAGCGGGAAGAGCGGACGGUUAAGAGCACGGCAGUACGCGUGGUAGACUUUGGCAGUGCCACCUUUGACCACGAACACCACAGCACCAUUGUGUCCACACGGCAUUACCGUGCCCCUGAAGUCAUACUAGAGCUGGGCUGGAGCCAUCCCUGUGACGUGUGGAGCAUUGGCUGUAUCCUGUUUGAGUACUACCUGGGCUUCACCUUGUUUCAGACUCAUGACAACAGAGAGCACUUGGCCAUGAUGGAGAGAAUAUUGGGACCGGUGCCCUCAAGGAUGAUUCGUAAGACGAGGAAGCAAAAGUAUUUUUAUCGUGGCCGUCUGGACUGGGAUGAGAGCUCCUCAGCGGGGAAAUACGUCAGAGAAAACUGCAAACCCUUACGGCGGUACCUAUUGUCUGAGGCGGAGGAGCACCACCAGUUGUUUGACCUCAUUGAAAGCAUGUUGGAGUACGAGCCCUCCAAGAGGCUGGUGCUGGCCGACUCCCUCAAACACCCUUUCUUUGAGAACGGGGGGAUUGGUGAGGCGGCGGGCAGCAAGAACUGGGAAGGCAACCGGGACAUCAGCCGGUGACCCGCAAGCCUCUAAAGACUGAAUGACAGAUGAGAUCUUUUAUAUGUGGAGCAGGUGAACUGUUGACUCAAUCGGGGCUUUGGAUGUUCUCUUGUUUUGUCAUGAAAGCAUGGACACCUUAUCUUCUUGCUCCUCCACCCAGCCCCUCUGACGUCCACCUCUGCAGCCACAAGAGGCAUGUUUUUGCAGCAGAGAGACCAAAAUAACCCCUGAAAGACUGGAAAAGAGUCAAAAUAAAUCUUUUCUGAUGGCCACAGCCUCAAAAGUAGCCCUCUAUGCAGCUCCUGUCUUCCUUUUAACUUCGGAACCACCUUCCUCCCUUCCAUCCGUCCAUUUGUUAUUUUCAUCAGCAUGUAAAGAAAAUAAUUCACCUUUCUAAGGAAAUAUGUACUACAAAAUUGGUUAUACAAAAACUCAGCGUUGGACAAGAAAUGUCUUCCGAAUCUAAAGUCGAAGGAGAAGCGUGAAAAGGAGCUAGAGCUGUAUAUGCAGCGCAAGUCCUCACCCACAUAGAUCUAAACAUGGAGACAUGAAAGAUGUUCUAUUAUGCUACCAUCAAAUCAUUCAAACUGAAUAUAAUAUUUCCUUGGAAAUAUGGCAACUAUCUCCAGCAGAGGCAAGUGUCUCAAAUUUUUGUUUACGUUUUUGUGUGAGCACUUGCAUUGCAUAAGUUUCUUUUUUAUGUAUAAAAGGAUUAUCCCUUAAAUGGAGACUCUUGCCCUUAAUCUCCAGUCGUAAGGUUGGUUAUUAUUCACCAUUGGGAUGAGAAUGGUGGUGGACACUCCACGCACACAGGCCUCUGUGGUCUGUCUUAUUGAUAGACAUAUGUUUGUUACUUUUGGGUUUGAGUGUGUGUAUGUGUAUAUGUGUGUGUGUGUGUGUGUGUAGGGGUGGGUGACAUGUUCAUCUUCAUGUUUUGCUCAGUGGCUUCUUAGUAGUUCAGCGUUAACCAUGGUUACAUUGUCACACAGUUUUCAAACACGAAAAACAUUAACUGCCUUUUACAUGUUGUAAUAUGGUCAGACCUGAAGUCUCUCCAUUGAGGUUAAGCACAUGACUCCUGGUGGUAGCCAAUGAGCCACACUCAACGCCUGUUGACAGUAUUUAUUUUGAGUUCCAAUAGGUCAUAGUCUCAACCCCCCACCUGUACAUGACUUGUUUUUUUGUAUGAAAUUAAAGCGUAUAAAACUGUA